AUGGUGAAGCCUCCAUACAGAUAUGAGCUGGACCUGGAAAAUGACAACUUGUUCUCAGAUGCAGCGAAUAAAUUUAUACCUGUUGAAAAAACCAAACCGCUCCGUGAUCAGAGAAGAUUGAUUCUUUGUCUUGAUGGCUCAUGGCAAUCUUCCAACCACGGAGAGAAGAACAUCGCUUCCAACAUUGCAAAGUUGAGCCGUGCCAUCGCCAGCUGCGAUAAAUACGGCGAAGAUGGCAAGGAGAUUCAGCAGAUCGUCUACUACGAUGCGGGUGUAGGGACUGGGAAUAGCGCCCCGAAUGAAGAUGCGUCAAAGACUGCCAAGCUUCUGGCCAUGACACAGAAAAUUUUCGAAGGCACAUUCGGAAGAGGAGUAGAAGAGAAUGUGUGCGAGGCCUACAAUUUCUUGGUCAGCAAUUGGCUUCCCGGUGACGAAAUCUACAUCUUCGGCUUUUCCCGCGGCGCGUAUACGGCUCGCGCAGUUGCAGGAUUGGUCUGCAACCUGGGAAUCUGCUUUCCGGACAUGAUGGAUGACUGGUGGGUGACCUACGACGAGUACAAGAACAGAGAGCUUCCGAAAAAGGUGACCAAGCCUCCCAACAAUGCGGUCGCCAACGAUGCUGUGCAUAUGCACUAUCAGGUCGCACGAGAAUCAUUGCCCCCUAGUGUCGAAACUAAGAAAAACUGGAGGGAGCGCUUCUACAAGCCGGUUCCAAUUCAGGUCGUUGGCGUGUUCGAUACCGUGGGUGCCCUGGGAUGGCCAUCCAACGUUGUUAUGUCGGUUGAGCAGACCAAUGAUGCAAAGUAUGGCUUUCACGACACCGACCUGCACGAGAAUGUCAAACACGCAUUCCAUGCCCUGGCUCUAGACGAACACCGAAAGGCAUUCCCUCCUACUCUGUGGACCCUUCCUGAGGGCGUUUCUACUAAGUUGAGACAAUGCUGGUUCCCGGGCUACCACAUCAACAUCGGUGGUGGCAGCAAUGACACUAUGGAUCAUUAUGGCGAUAUGGAAUCCAUGGCCAAUCUCUCACUGGUUUGGAUGAUUGACCAGGUCCGCGAACAUACCAAUCUGGUCUUUGAUAGAUACGCGCUGGCAAAGUUUUACCACCACUACACCUGCACCAUCGUGGACCUCUCGCAGCGCUCCUUCAAGCUAAAUGAUUCUGAGCACAACUAUGCGAAGAAGGCCGACAAGAAAGCUAAAAAGCCUAGACAUACGGAUGAUAAGCCUGAUCCCAAGAAUCCUACCGCAUAUGGCGGAUGGGGCAUGGGCUACCGACCAGAUAGCAUCGAGUCCAUGACGGGUUACAGCGGCUCUGUGGUUCGCACUCCAGGAUACUACCAGCAGGGAGUAACAAAUGAGUGCAUCCAUCCCGUGGUAGCCUAUGCAAUGAGCAAGGGGUACCGCGAAGCCAAUGUGGAUGGUAAGAUAUUGCACUACAAGCCCGCCGCUCUCGAAGGCUAUAAGAGAGACAGACUCCCCGAAAUCAGAAACUCCGAAGGAAAAGUCACGAGAAAGGAAGGCUGGUAUUGGAGGAAGGAAAUCAAGGGCGUGAAAUAUGAUGAUACACCUUACACCACUCGUCUCAGCAACUGGUGGUCCUCUUACUCCCCACCAGAGCACGAUGAUGAAAUUAUCAUUCCCGAGAUGGUCUUCACUUUGCCAGAGGAUGAUUACCACAUGUUCAGUCAACGUGAUUACAUGCGGGCGGACUGGCUCGCGUUGAAGGCUGGUUUGGACGGAUACCAUGACGAUUUCCAGAAAGCGUUCCUUGAUUUUGGCCCGAAGCAAGAUUAUCAGAUUGCCUCGGAAGACGACAAGCGACGAGAGAGGCUGUUGCUCAACGCGGUGAGAUACGUGACGGAUAGAGAAACUAGCAGUUCUUGUCUGGACAAGUCGUUGAUACAUGUCCUGCGUCGAUCACAGUCCUUGGGUUUGAAAGCAGAGGAGAAGCUGGCUCUACUGAAAGAGACAGGAGAUCGCACCAGAGCGUUUUUCGCAACCUUGCCGGUGGGGGAAUGUCCCUUCACAGAAUAG